CAAACUCGACCCCCUUUCAAGCGUCAGCACUCGCGGAGGGUCCAGAUUCUCCCGUCCGAGUCCCAUCAAUGCAUCUUGACCGUCCGAUUCAAUCAGUUUUCAUCGUUGGAUUCGACGCACUGCCGGCGGCGUCUUCUCCCGCGACAUUAAUUAAAAAGGCGCGAAUCUUCCCUCUAGAAACAGCAAGUGUCGUUGCUCUCUUCUUAUCUCGGCGACGACGACGAGGAAGAGGAGGAUGAGCUACUACAACCAGCAGCCACCAUCCGUCGGCGUCCCGCCGCCACAAGGAUAUCCGGCAGAAGGGCACGCCGCCAAUGACGCCUAUCCGCCGCCUGGGUACGGCGGCUACGCCUACCCUCCUCCUCAGCAAGGGUAUCCGCCGGCCGGCUACCCUCCUCCACAGGGCUACCCGCCGGCAGCCUACGCCACCGAGCCACCGCCCCAGCAGCAGAAGCAGCAAAGCAGUAGCCCUUCCUUCGUCGAGGGAUGCUUGGCGGUUCUCUGUUGCUGCUGCGUUUUGGAGGCUUGCUUUUGACAUGGGGAUUUGAGCUUGGCAUCUUGUUUGAUCUACUUCUCCUUCAGUUGUUGUUUGUGCCUCUUCUCUGUCUUUGUUUUGCUUUUGUUGUGUUGCGUUGUGUGAUGUUUACUGUGUGGUAUUUUGUGUUGAUUCAAUUUGUUAUCAAAGGGCUGAAAAGAUUUGAUACAAACAAUCGAGACAGAGAUAAAUCUAUGCGAUUUGGUAGUUUAAUUUGGUGGCAAUUGUUUGACAUUUACCUAAAAGAAUUGUAUUAAUUUAAUUCAGAUGAGAAGUAGAUUUAUAAGAAUUAAUGAAAAAUAUUAGAAAAUAUUUAUUUUUUUCCGAUGAAUAGGUAAAUGAUGUUGAUGCGGUUAACACUAAUAGUCUAAUUCAAGUUUUGAUGAAUGACAAAUUAGGUUAAGUUAGGUUUGUUGUUAUCUAACACUCUGACUGAGUGUGCAG